AUGUGUUUUGUAUGUCAGGUGUCGCUGGAGUUUUCUCCGUCCUCAGCUGUCCCAGGAGAAGGAACCAUACUGCGGGUGACGGCCCAGCCAGACUCUCUGUGUGUGAGUGCUGUCGACCAGAGCGUCCUCAUCAAGGAGCCAGGAAACAUUCUGAAUGCAGACAAGAUAUUUGACUUGUUGCCUGUCAAACAAGCAUCCUAUAUCCCAUAUGAGGUUCAAGAUCCUGAUGAAUGCUUGUCUGUGAGACCAAAGAGAUCUGUGCCAUACCCCACUGGGGUCGAGGAUGAUGCGAAUUCUGUUUUCCAGAAUGUAGGGCUGAAGAUGGCAACAAACCUGGCUAUUAAAGUGCCUUCAUGCCUCAAGUACAAAGCAAGAGAAUAUUUCAAUCAACCUUAUGGUAUCAGAUAUAAAGGUGUUCCUCUGGUAGCCGCAAUGAAUGAAGUAGCAUUCGCACCUGGCGCAGUUGGUGAAUCUCCUCCUCCACCACCAAUAGAGACAGUUCGCACUUUCUUCCCUGAGACCUGGAUUUGGGACCUGGUGGUAGUUGGUGAGCUAGUGUCUGGAACAAAGGAUGUGUCCCACACUGUCCCAGACACCAUCACCACCUGGGAGACGGAGGCUUUCUGUUUGUCCCCUCAGGGGUUUGGCUUGGCUCCUCGUAAAGAGAUCACCGUCUUCCAGCCCUUCUUCCUGGAGCUCAGCCUGCCUUACUCCAUCAUCCGGGGGGAGCACUUUGAACUGAAGGCAACCACCUUCAACUACCUGUCCAGCUGUAUCAUGGUCACUGUGACUCCAGCACCCUCUUUAGACUACACCCUCACUCCGCUCUCUGGUGACCAGUACACAUCCUGUUUGUGUGGCAGUGAGCGCAAGACCCUCAGCUGGACCAUGGCCCCCUCAGCCUUGGGGGUUGUGAAUGUGUCCGUUACUGCAAAGGCUGUGGCAUCCCGCGCUUUAUGUGACAAUAAGAUUGUGAGUGUUCCAGAGAGAGGACGUAUCGACGUGGUCACACGAUCUCUCAUAGUAAAGGCUGAGGGAACUGAGAUCACCAAGACCUACAACUUUCUGCUCUGCCCAAAAGGGAAAGCUGUGACCGAGCAAAUACAAAUAACACUCCCUAAGAACAUGAUUGAUGGAUCUGCCCGUGCUUCACUAUCAGUCCUGGGUGACAUUCUGGGCCGAGCCCUGAAGAACCUGGAUGGGCUGCUGCAGAUGCCGUAUGGAUGUGGAGAGCAGAACAUGGCGCUCCUGGCCCCCAACAUUUACAUCCUCCAGUACCUGGAAAACACAAAGCAGCUGACCGCAGCCAUCAAGGAGAAGGCUACCAACUUCCUGACCAGUGGCUACCAGAGACAACUGAACUACAAAAAUGGCGAGGGUGCUUACAGCACAUUUGGAACAGGAACAGGGAACACUUGGCUGACUGCUUUUGUGCUGAGAUCUUUUGCCAAAGCACAGUCUUUCAUCUACAUUGACCCAACAAAGCUUGCUGAGUCUAAGUCUUGGCUGGAUGGUAAACAACGAGAAAAUGGCUGUUUCCAGCAGCUGGGAAAACUCUUCAACAACAGAAUGAAGGUCAGUCUC